UAGAAGAAAAACUAAGUAUUGCCGAGGACGGAGAAAAAGAGAGAACGCGGUUACGAAUAGCGAAAAAGGUUUUCUUUCUUCUUCUUCUUCUUCUCUAGAUCGAUCGAACUGUGGAGAAGAGAAGAAACUAUAUUCGUCGGAGAUCCCGGAGCCGAAAUUGAAUCAGCCGCCAUUUCAGCUCUCUAAGUAAGUACCCAUGAAGCGAAGUUACUACACUAGUGUCGGCUUGUCGUUGUCUUCUUCUAUUUCCAUGGCUUGUCUCUGUGUUUUUCUCUUCCUCUUCAUCAGCCUACCAAUUGUUUCUGCUUCCAUUUCACUUUCAGAUGAUAUAUUUAUCAAUCGAGUUUCAAUCGGUCGUAAUAUUCUUCAAGCUAAGAAAGGUUGUUCUGUAAACUUUGAGUUUCAAAACUAUACAAUCAUCACUAGUAAAUGCAAAGGACCACAUUACCCAGCAGAUAUUUGUUGUGCUGCCUUUAAAGAAUUUGCUUGCCCUUUUGCAACUGAAAUAAGUGAUGACUCUACUGAUUGUUCAUCAACCAUGUUUAGUUACAUCAAUCUUAAUGGUAAAUACCCACCAGGACUUUUCGCAAGUGAGUGUAAAGAAGGGAAGGAUGGACUUGCUUGUAUUGCACAACCACCACCAUCUCAAUCUACUUCUGCUGCUGAUCAUUCUAUUGGGAUCUCAUGUUUACCUUCAUAUUCACUUCUUAUAUCCACUUUUCUUCUGUUGGUGGCAGCAGCAUUUCAACUAUUUUGAUCUAUAUCGGAAAUGGUUCGGGUUUGUAGACUUGAACUCGUGAUCAUGAGGACACGAGUUCUUGCGAUUUAUUCAUUACUAUCGUCUUUGUACUAGUAUUAAAUUUGUUCUUAUCACAGCCAUCAGAAAACAAAACAUGUUGUAUGUUGUAUUCUUAUUGUUAAUAAAGACCCACUAUCUUGUUA